AUGUCGCCAACAGCGAACGAAUACCAAGCUUUGAAAACACGCGUUGACUAUCUCUACCGUGUCGUCCGUGCCUAUCGCAAGCUCAAUCGAGCACUGUUUGUCGAAGAGAUCAUCCAGACUCAGCUGGACAAAAUAAACGUAGCCACUGAGUCACUCCGACCACAUUUUGUCGCGAAGCAAGCCCAGUGGCAGGCCAUCGGACAAAAGGUCGACGAGCAGAGUGAGAAGCUGAAGCAGUUCGAGCACGAAAAACUGGACAAGCAACCAUCGUUUGAGGAAUGCGUCGCACAUGAUUGGGCGGAGAAGCAUGAGAAGGUAUUGCUCGCGAAAUGUCGGCAUUACAUGCAAGAGACUCUGAAGAUGUGCGGCAAGGUAGACGCGCAAGCUGAGGAGCGGGCAAGGAAGGAAGAUGCAGUUGCCUUCUGGUUGCAUGGGAGCUGGGAUCAAGUGAAACAGAUUGCCGAGCAGCUUAUCGAGAAGUCGAAGAAGGAGUUGAUCGGGCAGUCAGAUUAG